ACUUUUCUCUCUCUCUCUAUCUUUCUCUUUCUCUCUCUUCUUUCCGUCCAGAUUACGACGAACCAACACCAGGCAGGCAGACAGGGGCCAGUGGAAGCGGAAAGAAUCACAAAUCGAUCGAAGAAGAAGACGAAGAAAACGACGACGAUAUAACAUACAGUCCAAAUAUAUAUAUUAUAUACAAAUACAAAUACAUGUCAAUGAACAUCUCCUAAAAGAGAGUUCUGAUCUUCUUCCCUGUGAUUCUCAGCGAAUCACUCGAUCUCCAUCUCUUUUUCACUUUCUCUCCGAAUGUUCCGGAUGUAUUCUCCUUUUCCACUCGCUUCACAAGGGAGUUUGUUGUCUUGGUUUGGUCUAUGAUGAUGAUGAUGUUGUAGCUCGAAGAAUAUUAGGGUUUGUUUUUGAAAUUGCGAAAUUCUUGACAAUUGAAAUGGGAAACAAGUUGGUUAGGAGGAGACAAGUGGUUGACGAGAAGUACACUAGACCGCAGGGUUUGUAUCAACACAAGGAUGUCGAUUAUAAGAAGCUUAGGAAACUCAUUCUUGAUUCCAAACUUGCUCCUUGUUAUCCUGGUGAUGAUGAAUCUACCAACGAACUUGAAGGAUGUCCAAUUUGCUUCUUGUAUUAUCCAAGUCUUAAUAGAUCAAGAUGUUGCAUAAAAGGAAUUUGUACAGAGUGUUUCCUGCAGAUGAAAACCCCCAAUUCAACUCGUCCUACGCAAUGCCCCUACUGUAAAACUUCAAAUUAUGCAGUGGAGUAUAGGGGAGGCAAAACCAAGGAGGAAAAAGGGAUUGAACAGAUUGAAGAACAGCGUGUUAUAGAGGCAAAAAUAAGGAUACGGCAGCAAGAACUCGAGGAUGAAGAAGUGAGGACUCAAAAGAGACAAGAAUUAGCUUCUUCUAGCAGAACAGUGGCACAUGGGGAUGUUGAAAAUGAACCAGUAGCAGCAUCAUCUCUUGUAUCUGAACCAGAGACUGAAGAUGCCAUUUCUAUUAACGAACCGUGCCCUUCAAUGAGACAUCCACGCCAAAGGCAAAAUAGGGAUGAUGAAUUUGAUCUAGACCUUGAAGAUAUAAUGGUAAUGGAGGCCAUCUGGUUAUCCAUCCAGGAAAAUGGAAGGCAAAGAAACAGUCCUGCUACUCCUACUACUACUACUUAUGCCACAUCAUCAUCAUCCGAGCAAUAUGCGUCAGAGGAUGGUUGUUGUUACUCGGGAUCAUCUACAGGCGUUGUCCCGGCAAGGGUAGAAUCGACAUGUUCCCCAUCUGGAGGACUUGCUUGUGCGAUCGCUGCCUUAGCCGAACGCCAACAGACUACAAGAGAUUCCUCCUCCUCGACCAACAACUAUCAAAUGAUGUCCGACCAACAAAUUCCAGGAAAUAAUAUCCACGGACAAUGGAACGCACAAAUACUUGGUAAUAACAAUAAUGUUGAAGGAUUUCAGGUGGCGGUUCCUAGUAAUAAUAACGAUGAAGGAUUUCAGAUGGCGGUUCCAAUAGUUCCAGAGAGUUUCGAGGAACAGAUGAUGAUGGCUAUGGCUGUUUCCUUAGCCGAGGCUCAGACCAGAACGACAACAACAACCAAUGUUCAAGGACUCGCACAGCAAUAGACUUUCUAGUAAUCCAUUUUCUAUCUCAUAUGUAUUUUUGUAAAGUCCACAAUUAUAUGUUCCUUUUUCUUUCAUUCAAUUAAUGAGAUUGCUUUGUUUUAAUGUC